AUGAGCGUCGCUUCACAUCCCAAGCGAGUUCUUAAAAUCGAACGCAGCCAGACAGAAAAUUCGACGGUCCUAGUCUACGAUCAGUUCCUCAGUCAGUAUUAUGUGUUCGCCAUAUAUGCCUUUAAGCUAUACGCCUUCGAACAGCCCUUUCUUGAGCUAUACCACUAUCCCAUCGCCAACAAUAUCCUGGUUGGGGAUGCUCAAUCCUUCUUGUCUACAUCAGAAAUACGCCUUACGUUGAGCGGCAAAGAAUACACCCUCACCAUUGAUGCCGAUAGCAAUAGCUUCGGUCUGAAAGGUUACAAUGAGGGCGAGCUCAGGUGGGUGAAGAGCUCCCAUCCAGGAAAUCUGGAGCUGGAGCUAGUCGACCAUACGGGAAGACUUCUGGCGAGGCUGAAAGAAUGCGGUUGGCCUGAACGGAAGAUGCUGGAGGUUUAUGGAGAGUGCGCUGAGAACCUUCUUACCCUUAUGCUUCUAUCUGGAUUAGUGGUAGUAGACGCAAUCUUCCAACGGAUCCCUCUGCAUGGAAAAGGAGAGCCGAAAGUAUAUCUGCCUCACGCAAGGAAGGCUCCACGUGAUUGA